AUGUUAAAUUUUGAUUAUUUCAUUGCAGGUUCUUGGGAUCAUCAAUUUCUUCUAGAGAGUGUUUUCCGGACUCUUCAGGUCUUUACCCUGUAUAAUUUCAAGGUCCAGGUGUUUGUAUGUGAUGGGGCAUCAGCCAACCUGGCAUUGAUUAAGUUGCUCUGUGGAUACAAACGGGAACAGCUUCCCCUGUGUGAUGGAGAGGAUCCUUUUGCUGUGACAGUGUCUUUUCAAAACCCAUAUGAAGAUCAACCAAGGGACAAGAGAGUAUUUGUUGUUGUUUGCCCAUCUCACCAGGUUAUCUGAAACUCAAGAAAUUGCACUAGUCAAUAAUAUCAAUAGCUUAUUUAAAACGGCCCCAGAUUUCAUUAAUACAUUAAUUUUUUACUAGCCUGCUAUGGUCUGCUUUGGUACGAAAAAAAAAUUCUCAAAAUGGGACUAGCAACUCCCACUGAUUAAUUACCUCAAUUACGUUAACUCCAGUUAACCUGUUUAAUCUGCUAAAACUCUGUUUUAAGGGAUUGAAUACUAUUAAUCCUUCAUAAUUUCCCUGUUGGACACUUUCUCUAAUAAUAAUCCUUCUUCUACUAUAACUGCCAGCUUCUGUUCACACUUUUUUGUCUUCCAUUUUACACAUCCCAUAUGUGAGUUAGUUUAGUACAUUUUGGCUUCUCGUUUUUCUAUGUUUGAACAGCUCAAGAACACUAUUGCAGCCCUAUAUAGCUCAAGGCUUGGUGGUAGCAAAUUGUUUACUAAAGAUGGUGUAGAAUUUGGGUGGCAGCCUAUAAUAGAUCAGUAUGAGCGAGAUCAGGAAAGAGCUAUAAAGAAUCUAUCUAGAAGGGUGCCUGGUUUAAAGUAAAACUUUGUCCACAGGGAAAAAUUGGACUCGUCUGAAUGUUCUCCCUGCAAAAAUCAUACAACUAAGGACACAAAUAAUCCCAUUGACUAAUAGUGUUCUAGUGUUAGAGGGUUGAUUGCCGGAGGUUAUAAUUUUAGGUAAGAAGCAUAGAGGAAGGUUUUAUUGUGGCACAUACAUAAUACCCACAAGGGGAAGGACUUAAAACAUGAUUAUUUGUUACAUGUCAAAUGAACAUAAAUAUAAUAUGAUAAUAAUUUUAAGGAAACUUUAUUCAGUGAUUAAUGAGAGCAAUAUUUGUCACUUGAUUUCAGGCCAACAUAGACAACAUAUAACUAAUUAUGUUAUCUUACAUGUAUUUCAACAGCAACAAUACAUGAUAAGCGCUCUGCAAGAGCAUGCAAGAAAAGUACCACAACCAGCAGAUGCAGCAUUGGUAGAAAUGACUGCAAACUAUCUGCAAGCAUUCCACCUGAUUUUUGAGAAGGGGAUACUGAGUCAUCUCACAAUAACACAGCGAUACCAACAAGUAUCAAAAAGGGAUUUUCAUUCCUUACGGAUUGGUCAUUAA